AUGAACCUUGUGUGACUCAGUCUAAAUCAUAUAAUAAGGUAGUUGUGUGUUCAACUCCAUGGCACUCCCUCCCUCCCCCUGUUUUGUCCAGCUCUCCUCUCGCCACUCCUCAUCCAGCAGCAGGAAAAGCUGGGGCUCGAUCCACCAAUGGAUGGCCGACACAGAGAAGGCCCGGCACUCUGGAACUAGUACUAGAUCCAGUAGCCAUCAUCGGCGGGAUGAUGAUGUCAUGUCGGUCCGUAGCACUGGAAGCUACAGGUCAACCUCCUCAUUGCGAGACCUGGGCAGCUCAUCUUAUAAAAGCCUGGCCAGCACCUCUCGUCGAAGAGACCUGGUGUCUGACGGCCUGUCCAAUAGCUCGGCCCUGAAGAGUAGCUCCUCUGUGAAGGGUAGCUCCUCUCUGAAGAGCUCCCGCUCCACUAGCUCUGUGUACAACGACCUGCAUAAGAAGGCUCCCGUGUCCAGCAGCUCCAGGAAGGGCCUGCUGACUGGCUUGUACCACGAUCAGAGGAACUACAGCAGCUUAAAGAACACCUCCAAACUUCCUCCUCCCACUACUUCCACCUAUCAGCCUCGGGCCCCAUCUGUGGCCUCCACCGCUGGCUCUGGUUCGGGGCUGACGCGCAGCUACAGCCUGGCUUCUAUAAAUGACGACGGUCUGUAUGGCUCGUACACUGGUUCUCAAUUGCAUACUCCCUCUGAGUACAGCUGGUGCUCCACCCGGAGCAGCCCUGUGAACUCCUCUGAUGACGAUACUGCCAGCACCGUGUCCCAGGAGCGCUACAGUCGCGGCAGGAGAGACAGCGUGUCGUCUGAUUUCUCUGACAUCAGUGAGUCGGCCGCUGACUAUUUCAGCCGCUCCAACCGCAGGGGCAGCGUUGUGUCUGACCUGGAUGACCUGUGUAUCCCAGACGACCUGGACGCUCUGGAUGAAAAAUGUGAUAAGACCUUCGUAGACUACAGCCGGCCAUCCUCGCGCUGCACCACUCCCGGCCUCUCCCCGGCCACCCUGGCCUCCCUGGGGGGGACCUCCUCGAGACGGGGCAGUGCAGACACAGGCAGCAUUGUCGAUCCUGACACCAGUCUGAGUGAAUUGAGGGAUAUCUAUGAUCUAAAGGACCAGAUUCAGGAUGUAGAGGGGCGGUACAUGCAGGGGCUUAAAGAGCUAAAGGAGUCGCUCUCGGAGGUGGAGGAGAAGUAUAAAAAAGCCAUGGUAUCGAACGCACAGCUGGACAACGACAAAACCAACCUCGUCUACAACGUGGACACACUCAAGGACGUGAUCGAGGAGAUGGAAGAGCAGAUGGCCGAGAUGCGGAGGGAAACCGAGGACAAGUCUAAGGAACUAGAAAGACAAAAGCACACAUGCACAGUCCUGCAGCACAAACAAGUGGAGUUAAAAGAGGGAAUCCGCCAGAGAGAUGAGCUCAUAGAGAAGAACCAGCGAAUCCAGACUAACUUAGAUACCCUCACCAGAGAGGUGUUUGACCUGCAGGAAACGAUAAACUGGAAGGACAAAAAGAUUGGGGCCUUAGAGAGGCAGAAAGAGUACUUUGAUUGCAUUAGGAAUGAGAGGGAUGAGCUCAGAGAUGAGCUGGCUGACAUCAAGGCGAAGGCCAAAACAGGAGAGAAACACGGCCUGGUCAUAAUCCCUGAGGGCAUGCCUAACGGGGACAUCAGCCAUGACGACCCAGCCACAGGGAUCACUGUGGUCACACAGGAGGCUGCCCAGGUGCUGGAGUCAGCAGGAGAAGGGCCUCUGGAUGUUAGGCUACGAAAGCUUGCGGAUGAAAAGGAUGAACUCUUAGCUCAGAUCAGGAAGUUGAAAAUGCAGCUGGAGGAUGAAAGGCAGAAGCACUCGAAGAUGGAGAACGCCUUCACAGAGGGAGAGAGAAUGGAGAAUGGCACUGAUCUGCACGUCAUCGAGAUGCAGAGAGAUGCCAACAGACAGAUAAGUGAAUACAAGUUCAAGCUCUCGAAGGCAGAACAGGAAAUGGGCACAAUGGAACAAAACAUCAACAGACUUGAAGGACAAGUGUCCAGAUACAAGGCAUCGGCGGAAAACUCAGAGAAAAUAGAAGAUGAACUGAAAAUUGAAAAAAGGAAACUUCAAAGGGAGCUGCGUACAGCUCUGGAUAAGACUGAGGAGAUGGAGAUGACCAACAACCACCUAGUAAAGCGCCUUGAGAAGAUGAAGGCCAAUCGGAACGCCCUUCUGUCUCAGCAGUGAGGUCUGCUGGAUUGCCGCAGAAGCCCUUAAACUCACACCUCAGUGUCUGGAGCACAUUUCCAUUCUUCCUGUAACACUUAAAGUUGUGUAGCAAAACCAAAAACACUUACAGAAAAAAAGCAACACUGGUAGCACAGAGGCAAGAGUUAGUGUUUGUUUUUUUUUUUAAAUAAAGGAUUAGCAUUGGUUUGUGCACCAGCGUCUUCGGAAGGGAGACUCAACCUAUUAAACCAUAGUUACUAAGGGGGAGGUGAUGAAUCUAAGGAAAAUUUGACUCAUUACUUUAUUUUUCAAAGCUUUGUACUACAUGUUAUUCACAAGGUUGUACUGCUGGGUGCUUGGCUAUUAUAAUUUUUUUUUAAUAAGUUGCAUGAAUGAGUAUAAUGGCGCUUUUUAACCCUUACGGCUGCUCUCUGGCCGUGCACCUAUCCAUAAUCCCUCACACAGUGAAGUGCCUUCUCACACCUGGAGACUGAGGGUUUUGCAUUAACCAAACAAUUCAAAACAAUAACUGGUACAGAAUUAUGUAUUUAAAGGUGCAGUCAUGAUUUAAUGAAAUAUAUAUAGAACCAAUUGUCUGCAGAGGUUUCUCAAAUAUUUAAAGAUUUCUUGGCAAUAAGUGUAAAUGUCAGAACUGUAAAUACAAGGUAGAUUUGUUAAUUUUUUUUGCAUGGGUUAUGGCACAUUGAAUUCCAUUUGUAAGAGUGAUGGUUUGAGGUUCUUUAUUUGGGGUACAUCAGAAGACAGCACUACAUACCACUUCUCAAACAGUGUUCGCUGCUUUGAAAGCCAAGCAGUUUCAAGUCUCAGGACCACACAGUGAUUGUGUCUGGGGCAGCUAUCGCAUUGAAUAAACUCUUAACAGAUUUA